AGGUACGUGACAAGCGCCCUCCUGCCAAACCUCACCGGUUCUCGUAGCAGGCUAUCGCAUCAUGUUCAGAGCCGCCGUCCGACUCUCUGUCUCCGGUGUCCGGAGUUUAACCCGUACGCAGCCAGGGUGCCAAGCUCUUUUGGCCUCAAGGUGUUACUCACAUGGGAAGCACGAGUCCGAAGAGGAGUUUGAUGCCCGCUGGGUCACCUAUUUUAACAAGCCAGACAUUGAUGCAUGGGAGCUGAGAAAAGGGAUGAACGCGUUGAUGGGCUAUGAUCUCGUACCUGAGCCAAAGAUCGUUGAUGCAGCAUUGAGAGCCUGUCGGAGGUUAAACGACUUGGCCAGCGCUAUUCGAAUUUUGGAAGCUGUGAAGGACAAAGCUGGUCCUCACAAAGACAUCUACCCCUACCUGAUCCAGGAGCUACAGCCAACAUUAGAUGAGCUUGGCAUCUCCACACCUGAAGAGCUUGGCAUUGACAAACUGUAGAUGGAUGUCUGAUGCUGGACAUCCCCAGGACACAGAACCCUUGUACUUAACUGUUUGCCUGGCAUAAUGCGUGUGAUAUUUAAUUGGCCUUUAUGUUCUUUUGGUUGUAAAAUAUUGAUGAACCUAAUCAAGGGAAAAGUACCGUUAUUGAUUGUCACAAAUAUUUUGGGAUAUUUUCAAGAGCUUGAGCAGUUAGUGAGGCAAUGCUUGAUUUGUUGCUUUAAUAGCGAGCAGAGUGGCACUUUGAGUGUUUCUGGCAAUCUUGUGUGUCUCAUUUUUGCCACCAGGGAGCAGUGCGUUCAUGUGAAUGUAAAAAAGAUUCUUCUGUGUUCAGUCUCUUAAAUUUGUUCAUUUCAGGGAAAUUUUUCAUGCUUGUGAAAUAAACAUAGUCAAAUAAUAA